CGCAACAUGCUGCGACUCGUGCUGCUCACGGCGCUGACGGCGCUCGCCGGCGGCAUGGAGACGCGCGAGACCGUGCAGCGCCUGGUGAUGGUGCGCACCACCGGCUCCGACCUGCAGCCCGCCGCCACCGGCUACAUCUACAAGAAGGACGACGACGGGCCCGAGAGCGUCGUCCACAUGGCCGAGGGUGAGGUCAUGGAGCACCUGGCCAAGCUCUACACGCGCCCCGCGCACGCCGCAUCCGACGACAAAGCCCACACUAACGAACGCGUCAUACCCGUUAAAGAACCCCACGGGGAAAGCGUCGACGGCAUAGCGGACGUCGACUACAAGAAGAUCUUCGACGACUACAGCGCCGCCUACGGCCACGAUCGCGCCUACGAUGACUACCUCAAAAACUUGAAGCGCUUCAAGGGUGGACUCUAUAGCAAAUACGAUGCAGACAGGGCGGAGGACGACAAAGGAUCCAAGCACCACAAGCACGGUAAAGGAGACGCCAAGAGCUACCACAACGAGAAGUUCGAGAGCUACUCCAUUUCAGGAGGCCACAAAAAGGAUCAGGAUGAUGGCGACGCCCACAACGCUCAUAAAAAACACUACGACCACUAUGGAGGCUUCAAGAACGACGAACAAGACGCAGCCCGCGGCGAACACGGCGCGCGAAGCUUUCACGGAGUCUACGAUGACGACAAACAUGACCACCAAUACUUCGGCAAAGGCGGCAAAGCGUUCGCGGAUGAACAUAAAUAUUAUGGAACGGGUGAUAGAGCACACAAAUACCAUAGUUAUGAGCCCGAACACUACGCAGCUAAAGUUGAGCACGGCGAACACCAGGGAAACAAGUCUGCAGAACAAGCAGACAGUCGUUCCUCUGACGAAUCUACGGUUUCCGACGAGACUACCGGAGACGCCAGGCCUCCGGCCGGACGUACUGGAGACAGCAGCUACGUCGGACCUCAGGACGGACAGGCUGAUGGCAGCAGCUACGGCUAUGAGGUCAAACACUAACGGGGGCGCGUUAAAGAUGAUUGUUAUAGUUUUGUUAACUUUUGUAAAUAUGUAAUUUAUUUUUAGAUAAAAAUAAGCCAUAACCUGUAAUUGGACUUAAUUAUUUUUGUCGUCGAACCCAUUCAGCGAUCCAAA